AUGAUGCAGAUACUGGGCUAUCUGGAUCCUUGUCACAUUUCACAGCUGCUGCUUGUAUCCAAAGGCGUACAGAAGCUGUGCCUUGACGAUGAACUAUGGAAGCAACACUCCUUCCACCAGUCGCCGUGGUACCAGGCCCUGAUUACACGGCGAUAUUCCCGCCCAGAGUCCAUCAUCUUCAGAGCAGCGAACGCAAAUGCAGACGAGGAUGAGCCGGACCAGAGCCCCCAGGUGGCCGACGAGGACGACGAGGCCAAGGCGCUGCACCAGAGAAGCCAUCGCUUGCAGGACAUGGCCAACUGGGACCCCGCAUUUCCCGAGGAGCGCGUGUCCUGGUACGACGAGUACAUGCAGCGCUCAGGGCCGGCCAGUAUUAACUGGAUGCAGACCCCAAAGGUCACCCAGGGCGGCAUCGAGGCAAUUAUCGAGUCGCAUGGCCUUGCCCUGUACAGCCCUUAUGACGGGGACGACGGCCUCGGGACCAUGCUCGCCGUCAGCCCGUUGGAGGAUGGGUCGGUCUGUCUGUGGGACGUGAAGGGCUCGAGAGGCAAGCAAGGCAGCAUCGUGGCGAAGAGCAAGACGGAUAUUCUGUUCCAGGACGCCAUGAACGAUUGCCCGAAGAAACGGUCCAAGAUGAUUGACUCGAGCAUUUCGGAUCGGAUUACCAUCGACAACACUGGGCACAGAGCUUUCGUUGCAGUACAGAGUCAGCUUAUCGAGAUCGAUCUCAACAGAUUAGAUGUUGUGAGCCGGGAGUCCUUCGAAUGGAGCAUCAUGACCCUCUCCGCAGUCCACGCCGGCGUGCCAUUGACUGUGGGGACAUCUCUUGGCAUCCAUCUCCAUGAUUUCCGUUCCAGGGCUCGCGUCCACCACGAUGUUGUCGAGCGAGUAGACCGGGAUCCGCUGGCGGAUACGAAUGCUUUCAAGGGCAUCUUUGACCAGACGCCCCUACCUCCCUACGCAUCGCUGUCCCAGGCUACACCUACCAGCAUUCUACACUUGCCGCGACAAGGUUCACCUGACCUCGCCUCGGAUGACAUUUAUGUGUCUGGGCGGUUCUCAAACAUCCUCCAUUACGAUCGUCGCAAGUUUCCCGUCAUUUGCGGGACCAUUUAUUCUGGGGCAUUGAUCAACGGUCUAGCCGCCCUACCUUACCCUUUUUCCAAGGCGGACUACGAGAGAAGGCAGCAGGGCGAGCUCAGCCUGGAGCAGAUGGGGUACAGCAAGACACGGAAUGGGCAGACACUCAUCGCGGGCGGUGCGUACAGCCUGAAGGGGUCACUUGAGCUGUACGGGCUGAGCCCGGACUCGAUGGACAGGAUGACGAUGCAGAGCGCAUGGAAGAACCGGUACACGGCGGCGUCGUCCACGAUUCUAUCAGUGGCCAACCACGGGACCAAGAUUGUGUUCUCGGACGGCUCGGGCCUCCUCAAGUGGUUCGAGCGGGACGGCACGACAGAGUGCCGGCGCCUGAGGAUCGGGCACAGCAAGACGGGAACCGAGGGCUCCAUGUUCGAGUCGAUGCCCGGGACGGACGACGUCGCGCGCAAGAUCCUGUCGACGCAGUCCAAGUCGGGCGAGGACCGACCGAACAGCGACAACAUCCUGUUCUGGACGGGGGAGAGGCUGGGGAUGGCGAGCUUCGCUGCGUCGCCGCUGUUCGUCGAGAAGGACUUCGACACGGACGACCCGGAGAAGUCGGCAGAGGAGGAGGCGAGACAGGAGUACGCGAGCCACAUGCGAAAAGCACUGCAGCAUUCGGCCAACGAAGUCAGGUUCAUGGGAAACCUCGGUCUUCGGUAG